CAAUUGGAAAAUGCUCUACUGAACAUGAUGACCAUUUGGAAGCUUGGGUCUCAUGUAAAAGUGAAUUAUUCAGUGAUCCGAAUCUAAAUAAUCAGAUCCGUCUAAAAGAUGGUUCCUCUGGUCAACUCCAAGUGAAAGACAGUUUAGGUGAAUGGUUCCCUGUUUGUGGCAUCUACUGGACAAAAGGGGCUUCUCAGGUUGUUUGCAAACAACUGGGCUUUAAAGCUCAGUUUGGCUUCACUCUUAAAUCAUAUAAAAUAGAUAACUAUAUGGACUACAAUAGGCAAAUUAUAACAAAUAUAAACUGCAAUGGAACCGAGAAAAGUCUGAGAAAAUGUUCUUAUACUAAAUGGACGGCGCUGUACGGUAGUGCAAGUACUUGGCAUAAGGAACGCGCGUUAGAGUGUGGGUCAAACGGAAUACAGAUAUCAUGCGUCGAUACAUCGAUGAGGCCUCGAUUAAUUGGAGGCCAGAGCAAUACAACUGGUCAACUUGAAGUAUGGUAUAAGAAAACAUGGAACAAGGUUUGUAUCGGUGAAAGAGAGUCCAUCUACUCAUACCGAAGCAAGAGAUUGGCAGAAUCGACGUGCUUCACCUUGGGGUACAAUAAUAGCAAAGUCGGAACGUAUGGUUCAUUCAACCAAGAGAAAAAACAAGACCGAAUGACCAAAGGCAUUUCACUUUUAUGUGAGGAAUAUGAUGCCCUUCAGAUGUGUAAUGUUACGAGAGCGCAUUGUGAUGAUUACAACAUGUACUUCAUUUCCUGCUUUGACCAAGAACCAGAAUUAACCAAUUUCGUUGACUUUGAAGGGCAAGAAUCUGACUUUCGGCACUAUGCCCUGGCAGAUGGAGUUCUCAAAAUUGAUGUUCCAGAUAAAUCUUCAUAUGAUAAUUUUUAUAUUUGUUCAACUGGAUGGAGCGUCAGCGAAGCAAAAGUUGCAUGUCGACAGCAAGGAUUUGAUCCAAAGGAUGCUGCAAUUGAUACAUUCUCCAAGUAUCCUUGCUGAGUGAUGUUGUCUGCAAUGGUGAUGAAUACAAUCUAGCUGACUGUUCAUUCAACUAUGGUGAAAAUGCAUCAUGUCCUGAUGCAACAAGGGCAAGUGUCAUAUGCGAAGAGGUAAAUGUUCGACUGAAACGUAGAAAAACGGCAAACUCAGGACUGGUUGAGAUUCAUGUUGGUGACAUGUGGAGAAAGGUAUGCUCCUCAACAUGGGGUAUGAAUGAAGCCAAGGUUAUUUGUCA